CUGUCCUGCAGGGGCUAAAACCCAGAGGACACUGGUCAGUCCACUUACUCUACUGAUGAGUUUUGUUUUUUCAAGACAAAAAAAAUCUGAUACAGGAAUAAACCAGCACCAUGGAUUGGGGGACACUGCACACGGUCAUUGGGGGUGUGAACAAACACUCCACCAGCAUUGGGAAGGUGUGGGUCACAGUCAUCUUUAUCUUCCGGGUCAUGAUUCUUGUGGUGGCUGCACAGGAAGUGUGGGGUGAUGAGCAAGAGGACUUUGUCUGCAACACUCUGCAACCUGGCUGCAAGAAUGUGUGCUAUGACCACUUUUUCCCAGUGUCCCACAUUCGGCUGUGGGCCCUGCAGCUCAUCUUCGUGUCCACGCCAGCUCUGCUGGUGGCCAUGCAUGUGGCCUACUACAGACAUGAAACCAUCCGCAAGUUCAGGCAUGGAGAGAAGAAGAAUGAAUUCAAAGACUUGGAAGACAUUAAAAGGCAGAAGGUGCGCAUUGAGGGGUCACUGUGGUGGACAUACACCAGCAGCAUCUUCUUCAGAAUUAUCUUUGAAGCUGCCUUCAUGUAUGUGUUUUAUUUCCUCUAUAAUGGGUACCGCCUGCCCUGGGUGCUGAAAUGUGGGAUUGACCCCUGCCCCAAUCUUGUCGACUGCUUUAUUUCCAGGCCAACUGAGAAAACUGUGUUUACCAUUUUUAUGAUUUCUGCAUCUGUGAUUUGCAUUCUGCUCAAUGUGGCUGAGUUAUGUUACCUGCUGCUGAAAGUAUGCUUUAGGAGAUCCAAAAGAACCCAGACUCAAAGAAAUCACCCCAACCAUGCCCUAAAAGAGAGUAAACAAAAUGAAAUGAAUGAGUUGAUCUCAGAUAGUGGUCAAAAUGCCAUCACAGGUUUUCCAAGUUAAGUAUUUCAAGGUGAAAUGUAGCUGAAUCCUGAGAAAACAUUUGUCUUCCCUGGGAGGCAGUGACAACAUGAAAAUUCCUUUUAUAGGCUGAACAGUUUGUCUUUAUAAAUGACUUCCAUAAUAAAUAGAUAAUUUGAGUUCACUCUUUAUAGAAUAUGUGCACCAUUCACAUGCAACAUAGUCAGAUAGAUGGUCCUCUGAAAACAAAACACUGUUGACAACUGAGCCUUUAUAUCACUUAACAAGUUCAUUCUACAAGGACUGUCGGACCUAGUGGGUGUUUCCUAAAAAUUUAUAUAUCUUGUUGUUGAUAAAGAGCACUUAUCUAAAAAUUGAUACUUUUAUUAGUAAGAGAUAUUUUUAUAGGAAUGAAUGUUUUAGUUCUGUCUUUGAAUUUAUGUAUUUUUAUAAUGACCAGCCCUCCUUACUUGGAAAAAUAUGUGAUGUUAGUUUUAGAAAUAUAUCACAAGCCUCCACAUUUUGAACUUGCAAAGGGCCUGUCUUGUAAAUAUUGUUUUGUAUUGUCUAUUGAAAAACUGGUGAACUGUCAUGACACUGUUAUGGUGGAAAGUGUUCAUUAUACAAUACAUUUUUACUGUUUUCUGAAUGUAGAUAGUGCUAUGCAGAAGUGGGAAGCUUUUAUAAACUAGCCUUUUUGCCAAUCAUUGUGAACAACAGAAAUAUGAGUGUGGUCACUUCAAUAAAGCU